GUAAUCUGACCGCGACAAGAACAAAGGUGGUGGUUCCUUAGUGAACUUAGUGAUGGAGUUGUUAGAUUAAAAGAAUUUACGAGGACACUCCAAAAAAGUUCACAAGCCGAGAACAAAUUACUUGUCAGCUGACUAUCGACUUUCCCAUCGAAUCAUCAACGAGUGAAAUUCACUACCUCAGCACGUGGUUGAGGCUCCAUCCGUCGACUCUUUCAAAAGAAAGUUGGAUCAACUGAUAGACCACCAUUGCCAGGACUAACAUAGGCCAUCGAGCCUCCUAUCCUUCCCAAACUGAAACUGAAACUGACUGCGAAAAACCCCAAGAUCUACCCAAAGUUUUUAAAAAUAUGGAGAUUAGGCGGUUAAGUUUUCGCAGAGUAUCCUUUGUUAAAAGUGUUCUACAAAUAAAAAGCCUCAAAAAUGCCACUUAUGGUCGCAAUUUUUCUUGUAAGCUAAUGCACCUCGUACGUUAGUGCCCACAGUUCAUUAGUGUUUGGAAAUCAUUACCUUUUUCCAACCAUAAAACCCCUUUGCUUAUCACGUCUCUCCAUACUGUUCUUGUAACUCUUCCCUAACGUCAUCGGACCUACUGGAAAGAUCCCGCCGGACGCACAACAUGUAUCAGUGGUGCUGCGUUAGACGAUGCUCAGUAAGAAAAUUGCUGAAAUAACUAGUAUUUGUUAACUACAGAGUUGAAAACUAAUGGUGGUUUACCGUUGCUAAUAGUUGAAUUAAGUCACCACUGUUUGGUUUGUGUUCAUUAUCUCCGUUCCUGAUCAUUCCUUUGUCGACUGAUAAAUUAUACCUUUGUGAUAAUUGUGUUCAGUAUUAUGUACAUAACUGGUAGUCUCAAUUUCCAGAUAUAUUCUCACUUUUCGGCAGUUGAUCAGUCGGUAUGUCCUACAUAGUUUUGAGUCAUUUGACCGACAAAUAACUAAGGCUUCGUAAUAUUAAUGCAAUAAAAAUCAGGUUGUCUGUCUGGGUGGAGGUAUAUCAUUCAUCUCAGAGCUUUACUAGACCAUGGCAGAAAGAUAUGUUUUCAGGGUCCAUAAACUGAACAUUUUGGCAAAUGAUAUUUGGAGACUUCAUUACAGUAGCCUAAAAGUACUAAAUAGUUAUGUCAUGCUAUUAGAAGCGAUACACUUAGAUUUGCUAACUGAUUCAGAGGCUUAUUGUAAUUUGUUAUGCUAGGUGACGACGAUUGUCAUUCUUGUAAGGUACACCUUACUUUUAUUUCAUUAUUGAUGUAUAUACCUCUGUGGGUAACUUUGCCUCCGAUUUUUCACUGGUCAACUGCAUUCUCAGAAACCUCGUGGCCGACUUUAAUCAUUUGAGUGACAUAGUCUCUUCACACAGAGUAUUCUAUAAGUUCUAGAUGAAAGCCCAAGAGUUUACCAUUGCUCGGUUCUAUCAAGUAUAUGAUAGUGAUUCGAGUCAAAUAAACGGUAGUUAAAGAAAAUUUGUCCUUAACUGCUAACAGUUCUUUACAACCUGUGGCUGAGACCAUUUUUUAUUCUUGAUACGUUAUGUUUUUUUAGGAAUUUGGUGAAAUCCAAACAAAACGGAUACAUCCUCAUCAUCAGAGACUAAGAGAUUAGGUCAUUACUUCUGUUACACGGGAAUUGGAGAUUUGAUUUGUGGUAACCAUAGUUGCUGUUUAAGAUAAUGGAUAAAAAGAAACUUGAUUUUUACUUCACCCUCCUCGAAUCAAGCAUUUUAUGUUAUCAGCACUCUAUAACUGGACUGAUACCAUCUUCUUCGAAAAGCUCACAUGCAUGGGUUAGAGAUAACACAUAUGCUUCACUUUCUAUCUGGGGUCUAUCUCUGGUCUAUAGGAAAUUACCAGAUGUUGAUGAAGAUCGUUGUCGGAGUUAUGAGUUGGAAAAGUGUGUAGUGAAGCUGAUGCGUGGCAUACUCAUCUGCUAUAUGAAACAGUCUGAUAAAGUAGAACUAUUGAAGAAGACUCAAAAUCCUAUCCAUUCAUUACAUGCAAAGUUUGACAGUACUUCAUAUAAAACUGUUGUUGGUGAUCUUGAAUGGGGUCAUUUGCAAAUUGAUGCAAUAUCUGUCUUUCUUCUUAUUCUUGCUCAAAUGACAGCUGCUGGUUUGCGCAUUAUCUGGACUCUUGAAGAAGUAGCUUUUGUUCAGAAUCUGGUUUUCUGUAUUGAACACGCUUAUCGCAUUCCUGAUUACGGGAUAUGGGAGCGUGGAGAUAAAACCAAUCAUGGGCUUCCAGAACUUAAUACAACAUCUGUUGGAAUGGCUAAGGCAGCUUUGGAGGCGCUUACAGACUUAGAUUUGUUUGGUGCUGAUGGAAGUUAUCUAUCAACAAUUCGUGUUUCUCUCGACGAAUGUGAACAGUGUAAUAUAGCUGUUAAAAGUAUGCUUCCUCGUGAGUCCAACUCCAAAGAGACCGAUGCUGGCUUGUUAAGUAUACUGACAUAUCCUGGAUUUGCUGUCACGGACGAUGAAUUAAUUGAAAGAACACGUAGCGCAAUCAUUCGGAAGCUUUUGGGGAGAUAUGGUUGUCGACGUUUUUUACGUGAUGGAUUUCGUACUGCUAGAGAAGAUGUGAACCGUCUGUAUUACGAGCCUUGGGAGCUACGUAUGUUUGAUGGUAUUGAAUGUGAAUGGCCAAUGUUUUUUGCAUGGCUUGUGAUUGAUGCAAGUUUCCGUGAAGAUUUUGACGAUGCAGAUCGAUAUAUGCAAAUGCUUCAAGAAGUCGUUAUCCCAGAGUCGUCUCAUUCGUUUACACCUUCAAACAGUAGUAGAAGUGCAAGUCGUAGACCAAGUGAAAUAACAACACAGGUUCUUAGCAGAGCAUGUUGUUACGUACCAGAAUCCUAUUCAUUACCUAUAGACGCGAUCGAUGCAGAAAUCGCUCAUCCACAUACACAAACACGUGUACCAGUCGGUGCAUUACCACAUAUAUGGGGUCAGUCAUUAUAUAUAUUGGCAAGUAUUAUUUAUGAAGGUCUUCUAUUGCCUGGAGAAAUAGACCCCCUUGGAAGACGUAUGGUUACUGAACCGAAACCAGACCUAUCAGUGCAAGUUGUACUUGUAGCUGAAGAUAACGAGAUUAAACAACAGUUAAUGGAAUAUCAAGUUGAAGUACAAACAUUUGAAGAGAUUUAUAAUGAAGCUGGAAUAAACGUUUAUCCAGCUAAAAUUCUCGGUCAACUUUAUCGACAUCUAGGUGCUUGUGAAAAACUUUCUCUAAGUGGUCGUUCAACUGGUGAAAUAGGAAUAUUUUCAACAAGUCAAUUCUAUCGAUUAGGUGAUGAAACAUUAGCUUUUCUUCCUCAGUUCUUUGAUCAUCAUGCAUUUUAUUUAAAUUUGGAUAUAGAAUUUCUGUUGGAUUGUUUUCGAACAUGUAUAGGUUAUUUAAAACAUGCAUGGACUAGUCCUGGACGCCCAUUACUUUUAUUCCCAAUAUAUCGCCGAUAUUUUCGUUCAGAUGCUAUUCCAACACCAUUAUCUUCAGCAAUUAAAAAAAUGGCUUCAGGCUAUAUGAAUGCAACACGUGUCAUACUUGGUACUCUUAGAGAUUUUGAAGAAACAUCAUGUUUAAGGCAAAUAGAUUUCAGUGAAUCUGCUCAAGCUAUACUUCAACGUGCAAAAUCAAUCACUAGCUGUACUUCACAGCGUCGAAUGACUUUGAAUGUACGUACUGACAGUCUGACUGUAGAUGAAAAUCACUUCACAGUUAGUUCUGGUGAUUCUAUACUUACUGGUGGUGGUAUAUCACCAGUUGUCCCUGAAUUAGACAGUUUUGAAAGACAUACUAUGCGACGAAAAUCUAUGGCUUUAGCUCAUGCUGUUUCAUUGGAUUUGUUUAAUCGUAAUACAGUUGAAUGGACAAGCGACAAUCAAGGGGAGAAUAAUACCAAUAGUAGUUGGCAAGUUGAAAUGGAUGAUCCGCUAGAUGGCCAAACAGAUGAUGAUCUUACAAAUUAUCGUCUACUCCAAACACAAAAUGAAGAUUUAACAUCCAAAGCGUCACGUUUAGCAUUAAAACGCAUUAUCAAUCCGGAAAGUAACACUUCAUCUACAGUAACAUGUCAACAUGAACAAUCUUCUACUUCUCGAUCUCAUGAACAUCAAAAAGUCGAUCCAAAUAUUACUUGUCAAACUACAGAUUCAAAUACUUGUGGAGGUCAACAAUCGCAACGUUCCCCAUCCCAUUUAGUCAGUUCAGACCAAAUCAAUCUUACGAACAGUCCAAAUUAUUCUGGUACACAUAGUCGUCGUACAUCUGAGGGAAGAUCGAGUACAUGUGGGCUGGAUUCCACAGAUUGGUUAAAUUCCUUAUCACCGGAUCAAUUAGUUAAACGAUUAAGAUGUACUGAUAAUUUAGCUGAACAAGUUGAAAUACUUGGAAGAUUACAUCAAUUAUGUGGUUUAGACUGGAAUACUGGAAUAGACCCAACACAACCAGCUACUGUUCGUUCAUUACUAAAAGAGGUCUAUGAACGAGCUACGCAAACAACAUCAUGGUUCCUACUACGUUACACAGCUGGUCUGUUAGGUAAACGUGCUGAUAGUUUGGCUAAAUCGUUAGCUGAUAUAUUAGUCUUACAGAAGCAAGUAACUGUUGGUUUACCACCAGAACCACGUGAAAAAGUUAUUGAUGCACCGCUAUCACCCGAUCAAUUAUGCGAUUUGAUACAAGAAGCGUGUGGUGAAGACAGUUUAAUGACAAUACUUACGCAAGAAAUUCUUAUUUAUUUAUCAAUGUUUGCACGUACACAACCUCAAAAACUGGAAAAUAUUUUACGCUUACGUAUUGGGCUAAUAAUCCAAAUGAUGGCUGCUGAAUUAGCUCGUGGUUUGGGUUUAACUGUAGAGGAUUCAUUGUAUGCUUUAUUCUCAAUGCGUCCAAUCGAUACGAAACGUUUGCUACAUAAUCUACUCAAUGGUGAAGAUAUGCGUAUUGUUAAGACAAACCAAACUUUCCAUCGUAAAUCUACUGGGCAACCAAUUAAACUUAUAAAUACAACUCUUACAAAUCAAGAUAACUUACAGGUUACGUUAGAUACUAUUUCUGGUUCUGUAAAGAAAAGAUCCACUGCAAGUCGUCAAUUGAUUGCAUCACGUAAACAGUCUAUAGUCGCUAGUGUUACAACUGAGGCAGAAAAUGAAAAUUGUCAAACUGAUUUACGAAGCCUUUGGAGUCGUCGACGUAAAAUUGAUGGUGCAUUGAAUCGUGUCCCACCUGGAUUCUAUAAACGAGUGUAUGUCACAUUAACUCAUAUGCAAGGUUUAAGCAUUGGCAGUCUAAUACUUAGUCAUAAUUUGACAAAAGAAAUGACAAUGGAUGAACAUAAAUUUGCUUUAACUGUUGAACAUGUAUGCACAAUGGUUAGUACACCAGAAUAUCGUCAAUUAAUUAUUGAAGCAAUUCACGUACUUGGUUCAUUGAUGAUGCAUGAUGUUGACAAUCGAAUAUUUAUUGAUUGUAUCGUUAAAGUUGAAGAUAUUGUGGAGAAAGCAAAUAAUUUAUUUUUAAUUGAUCAAAUAAAGUAUGGCGGAAACGCCACAGUGUGUUGUGCAAAACCAAUGAAGCAAUCUGGAGUCACUGACUCAACGCCUAGUAAUAAUAACCAAGCACGUAGACAAAGCACUUUAACGUGCAACGGAUUACAUAAUAUUUGUCAGCGUUUCUAUGACACACCACCUGCCGGAAAAUUCGGUACAAUGUCCUAUAUGGUACGUGCCGUAUCUGAAUUACUUACGUGUAAUAAAUGUUUAAACCCAGAUAAGCCUUUACCAAUCAAUUGCAAUGUUCAAUAAUAUUCAUAUUUGUUUUGCAAUCGUAUACACAUGCAUCCUUCUUUCUUGUUUUACUCCCCAUAUUACGUAAAUACACAUAAAUCAUGUCCCUACUGAGUUUCUUAUCCUUCAUUUCACUCUGUCUUAUGCACACUUUUGUACACUACACACUGGUGUAUUCACCUAUUGACAUUGGUAGUAAACGGCUUUGCCUAGUCAAUAAUUUCUGCCCUUUAUACAAUCAAGUAUAGACUCUUCUCAUUUUACAUUUCUCAAUCAUGUUUCAUCUAGUGGAUUGGAAAAUUCAUAAUGACACUACUGCUUGUUUAAUUUUUAAUGAUAUCCUACUAUUUUGUAAUAUCCUCUCACCUGUAGAUACUGUUAUUUAUUUUAUACAAUCAAUUCCCUCUUGAUUUUAUUGAUUGUUGAAUUUAAUUAGUAUCGAAAUACUUUUAUUAUGAUAGGAUUACGUGUAAUAAUCUAAUUCACUUUGCAAAAGAUACUCAAUUCUUAUUUUCUGAUGUCUCUGGCAUCUUGAAUUCCCCAACGAUCUUUUCUUUAAAUCAUAAUUUCAAUUUAGUUUGAUAGUUUAUAGUGUGUCAUGGUAUUUCUUCGACAUUUGGCCCUUUUCUGAUUUGUUUAAUCUAGUGCAAUUGUACCUCAAAUUAUUUUAAAGAAGUUGAUAUGCAGAAAAAUACAUUACAGUACGAUUCUUCAUGUGUAUGUACUUUCUUAGAAUGAUUGCAUGCAUUAACUUAUAAAAGUAAAUGAAUGAUGAUUUAUUCCUUCACUUGUAUAACUAAAAGGAGCAUGUGAAUUGGGGAUUUCUGACUGUAAUAAAAGCGACUUUUAUUCACAGGAAAUAUAUCAGCCUAACAACCGUU